GAAUAAAGAAGAUCAAAUUUACAUCUGUAAGCUUUUAUUUGAAGCUAUGUCAGAAAAAGCAUUAAUUGAAUAUUCGGAACAAUUGGAGAGAUAUUUUGAAAAAUAUAAAAUAAAAAAAUUCGAUUAUUCACAACAUAAAAAUCGUAAAUUCAUUGGAAAUGGUGGAUUUGCUGUUGUGUAUUCAGCAACUUGGGACGACAAAGAGUAUGCACUGAAAAGUUUAAAUAAUAACCUGGGUUUGAAUGGUAGAGAGUUCAAACAAUUCAAACGUGAA